GAACUGAUCCUCUUUUGAAGACCCGGCAUUGGGAAAUAUGAAUACAACCCUAGAUAUGAGUUCCUUCAGUUGAAAGAUACUUAGCUUCUUAUAUAGAGUUCCCCCUCCUUUUCCCCGGAUUUUCGCAAUAAGGAAUUUAUUGCUCCGCCAAAAUCGAUAUUCACAACAAUUUAAAUUAACAUAGUCGAAUGUCAUUAUCAUCAUCACCACGUUACGAAAUAUCAAUCUAGGAUCCUCGAGGUCUUCGAAAGCCCCCCUAUCAUUGGCCUAUACGAUACGGAAGUACUCGUACCAUAUUAGAAAACCCUUGACGCCCAAAUGCCAUUAUCUCGCUCAAUCCGAUCAGUUCCUAGGAUUUGCUUGUCUCUCUACCUGGUUUCCAUGUUGGAUUCAAUGCAUAGGAAGGAAGGGCAUUUCCAUGAUUCCACGUGCUGUCAAUCCGUCACUCGAACAUUCGAAACUAUCCAGUUUCCAGCCGGGCACGUAUUAACCUGACUACUCGCCUGAUUACUUUGCUGCUUCCGUACAUGGUCAAGAGAUCAUCUGCAAUGCGGAGAAUUAUACAAAAUCUACUCGUACCUACUUAAAUACUUCAUCAAGCACCGCAUUCACGAGCCACAAACAUCCAACAGCGUCACAUUACCGAUACAUACAUAUCUACUACUUUCAUCAUAUUCUCACCCCCAACUUCCCCGUUUUAACGCAGAAACCCAUUCGUUGUCUGGAACGCGAAUACUUCAAAUUUCAUCACGAUACCAACAAGUUGGAGGGGCUGUUUAAUUAGGCAAAAAUAUCAACGGAUUCCCUUGGGCGCUGGACCGAAACCUAUAGCCAUUAUACUCCAGGUACUCGUCACUUACAACGAUGGUUUAUUAGCUUUUAGAUUGUUCACCAAUGAGGCCUACUCGAAUAAUAUAAAUCCAAGGAAGAGAGGACCAUCGUACUCAUCCAUCAUGUCUGAAGCAGCCUUCUUCUAUAAUACCACGGUCCAAAAGCCUGAUCGUUCCAAGCCGCCAUCAGCACAUACAAAUAUCUCAAUCCAUUCACAAGCACAGCCCGUGAGACUAUUUUCCAAAGGCAGAUCCAGAUCACAAUCCAAAUCCAAUUCGCAGCGGAAUGAAGUUUCAUCACAGUUAGAUUCUGAUCAUCCCGUCCCACCACUAAAUCUACACCAGAUUCACUCCUCUCCUCCCACUCUUGCUGGGACUCCUAUAUCUAGAAGCGAUAAUCAUAAGAAUAACGAUCCAUUCUCCGAGGCAUUGAUCAACACGAACACUGCAGCUAGUUCGACUUCGACUUCGACUACGACUUCGGUGGGUAUUGUGGGUGUGGGUAUGCUUUCAACCCCUUUACUCGAUUACAAACACUCCGCAAAUCAAAGCAACAAAGCCCGGGCCGCUUCAGAAGCGAAAGCAAAGCGCAAAUCAUCAUCGACUUCGGGCCAUUCUUCUCACAGCAUCAAAAAUGCAAGCGGAGUGGAACGGUAUGCCUCCACCAAUUCCGCCGUCCACCAGCAGAGAGGAGCUUCCGAUUCCGUAGGAAGAUCAAGCAGUAUUUCAAGCACCACUGGGUCGAGUUCCAUUUCGAAAAUAAAUUCACUGGAGAGAGAUCGUGAUCGUGAUCGUGAUCCAUUUGGAUCAUCGUCACCAGAAGCUCUAAUGGCACAACCAUUUACCAAACGAAAUGGGCGCCGAUACCUACGAGAUCCUACAUUGGCAUAUCCCCUGCCAUGCGAUCUUCCAGAAAUACAUCGCCAGACUUUACGAACCAUGUUAUUGUGUCAAGUCUUCAACGGUCCUACAUGUUCAUCAGCUUUCAACAAUCGUCCUCCCAAACGAGUACUGGAAAUUGCGUGCGGCACAGGCUUUUGGAGCGUAAUGUGCCAUAAACAUUUUUCGCACAAAGGUCAUUCUUCGAUCCAAUUUACGGGUAUUGAUAUCGCGCCGCUAGCUCCUCGUAUGGAUGCAGACGAUGAUAUGAAUUGGCGAUUUGUCCAGCACGACUUGAGAAAGACGCCUCUCCCUUUUCGCGACGAAGAAUUCUCCCUCAUCAUGGUCAAGGAUCUAAGCAUGGCACAGUCUACAAAGGAUAAUCCGCAAUCUUUGAUGGAUGAAUAUUUACGAAUCUUGAAACCUGGAGGUACAUUGGAAAUAUGGGACGGCGAUCAUACUAUUCGAAUGCUCUUAUCACACACACCACCAGCUGCAAAGGACAAAGAUAAUUCUGCUCAAGCUCUCAAACAGAUACACACCAAUGCAAUGGGCGCAUAUACCAUAACACCACAAACACCAUUGGCAGAACCACAAAAUCAAUAUCUCAUAGACUACAAUACAUGGAUAGCCAAGGCCCUCGACGCUCGAGAUUUACCCACCAUGCCAUGUACCAGUAUGCGGGCAGUACUUCUCCAAGAAGCCGCAGUCCUCGAAAAAAUCGAAAGUCGAAGAUUAGCAAUUCCCCUUGGCGAAGUACGUUGGGAACGUGAAGGAGUCGGCGGAUCGACGACCUCCCUUAACGGACUUCAUGAAUCGAAAGGGAAAUCUAAAGAGCUUGAUCGUAAACACCUUACACCGGGACAAGCGGCUCUUCGCAGAACCGCAUUAAUGAGCAUUAUACAAAUGAUUGAGAGUUUAGAACCAUUAUUGAAAGAAGCAAGUGGGAAGAGUAUGGACGAAUGGGAUCGUUGGUGUGGGAAUUUGAUGACGGAUUUAUUGAAGAAUAAUGGAACAUCUUGGGGAGAGUGUUUGGAAGUCGGUGCUUGGUGGGCAAAGAAAAAAGAUCCAAAGUCUGAUUCGAAUGCUUGAGGGGUGAUUUACUGCCUUUGAAUCUAUCUGGGUUUUCUCCGCCAAUCUUCUUUUCUUCGUAUGUUUAAUAUUGCCUAUUACCGUUUCGAUUAUUUCCUCGGCUGGCUUCCAACUAUAUCAUAUCUCUUACUAUACAUUCCGCGUAUGCGAAUAGAAUUCUCCGUCAUUCUCAUCCUAAGAUAUCUCGAUUCUGGAACAGAUACUCAGAAGCCUCUCGACGCCGAAUAAAUCUCUCGAUAUCGAAGUAUGGAGUCUAUUGGAUAUAUCA